UGAACGUUUUUAUGUAUCUCCUAACUUAUUGACAUUUUGUUUUGGUUCAUACAACGAGAAAUAAAAAAAGGCUUGUGAAAAAUAAGUCUCUUUUCUAAGCCUAGCAAAAUUUCAAAUUCUGAUUGAGCAUAACUUACUCAAUAUUUUCUAACUGGUUUAGAUUUCACAAAAGAGCAAAGAAGAAGAAGAACCAUGAGGAAGCGUCAAGUGGUGUUGAGGAGAGCAUCGCCCGAGGAGCCUUCUAGAAGCUCCUCGACGGCUUCGUCUCGGAUGGUGAGAGGUGUGAGAUACAGCGAGUGUCAGAAGAACCACGCGGCAGCAGUUGGAGGCUACGCCGUAGACGGAUGCCGUGAGUUCAUGGCAAGCAACGGAGAGGAAGGUACCGUGGCAGCGCUAACUUGCGCCGCCUGUGGCUGCCACCGCAGUUUCCACCGGAGAGAAACCGAGGUUGUUUGCGACUGUGAUUCACCUCCCUCGACUGGAAAUUAGACCAGCAAACCAGAGCUGGCUAAAAGUUGUUCCUGCUUUGUGUGUUAUAUAUAUUUAUAGGGAAACUGAAAAUAUUAUAGUUUUUUAUAACUUUCUUAAUAUCAAGGGUUUGUGUUUCUAUAAGAAUUUAAGAAGAAAACUUAAGACAUUAUAUUAAAAAUGGUAAAAGAUUUAUAAUAAUUGGAUGUCUUCUGAGUUUGAGAAUGUUUUGGAAAAUUGGGUUUUAAAUAAAAUGUGAAGAUUAUUGUUGUUUCA